AUGUUCCAAGCGCUGCUGCCCUUGGAUGGGGAUGAGACACUCUUCCGGCUCCGCUUCACCACCCUGGUUGUUGGGACGGUGUGCUGCCCGCUGUGCGGGUUACUCUUCGGCGUGAUUUGGUCUCUGUUCUUUCAUUUCGAUGAAGUCACAGCCUCCCAGUGCAAUGUCUCCAUCUACCUCCCUUCUGUCAGCGCUGCCGUCGGCAUGGCGGUCCCCGAGCGCUACGUGUGGCACUUCUGCAUCGGGGUGCACUCGGGCCCCCGCUUCCUGAUGGCCAUCAUGUACUGGAACUACUACUGCAGCUGCCACUGCCCACGCCCCAGCUACCCGUGGCUGUGCCAAGCAGCCUUUGUGUUGAGCCUGCUAGAGGACGUUGCUCUCAUCCUCUUGACCUUUUUCUCUUCCUCGGAAAACUACGUGAUUCACAGGAAUGCCAGUGGCGUCUUCGUGGUUGCCACCCUCAGUUACAUGUUCUUGACGUGUGUUUUGUGGCGGAUGAUGAAGAAGCACACCGGGAGUCCGAAGGAGCGGAAGUCCUACAAAUGGAAGCUGUGGCUCUUCCUCUUCAACCUGUUCACCUUCCUAAUGGCCAUGUGCUUCUACUUCUGGCACAACUGGUACUGCGAGCCCGGAGUUUACACGAUCUUUGCCUUCCUGGAGUACCUGGUGGUCCUCUCCAACAUGGCGUUCCACAUGACUGCCUGGUGGGACUUCGGCCACAAGGAGCUGGUGGUCAGUUCCCAGCCGGAGGACAAGCGCUUCUAG